UAAAAAGUGACUUAACUUGACUUGUUCUAAAUUCAACUGAAAUAUGUAUUUCAGCUUCUUUUGUUUUAAUUCCAGUUAUUUUCUUGAAAUAACAUUAUCCUACCAAUGGAUCCUGCUGCAGCCGAAGACUUCAGCCUGCUUGCUGUCGAGUGUAGGGGUGUCUGCCUGACCUAUGGGAAGCUGACUGUACUUAAUAAUCUUAGGCUCACUUUGCCACAAGGUCAGAUAUUUGGGCUGCUUGGUCCAAGUGGCUGUGGGAAAACCACAUUUCUCCGGUGUGUCUUGGGAAGAUUGCUCAUCUCGAGGGGUCAGAUUACAGUUCUGGGGAAACCUCCAGCAUUUCCAGGCCAUGGGGUUCCAGGCAGGAUGGUGGGAUACAUGCCACAGGAGCUAGCACUGUACAAUGAGUUUAGCAUCACUGACACCUUUCGCUUCUUUGGUCGCAUACAUGGGAUGAACAGUAAAGAUAUCGAAGCCCGUCUCUCUUUCCUGGUUGACUUCCUUGAUCUUCAUGAUAAGAACAUGCUUAUAAAGAAUCUCAGUGGUGGGCAGAAACGGCGAGUGUCUCUGGCUGCUGCCCUGCUCCACGAGCCACAGCUCCUCUUACUGGAUGAGCCAACUGUUGGAGUGGACCCAGUGCUACGAGCCAGGAUUUGGCAACAUUUGGUAGACAUAGUUAAAGAUCAAAGGACUUCAGUGAUCAUAACAACACACUACAUAGAAGAGGCCAGACAAGCUGACCUGGUUGGAUUAAUGAGAAACGGUAAACUGCUUGCAGAAGCUCCUCCUGAUUAUUUAAUAAGAUUCCACAAUAUGUCAUCUUUGGAGAACGUGUUCCUGAAAUUGUGUAAAACCUCCGAUCAGUCAAAAACUGUCUCUGGUAUUUUCCAAAAAAAUAAACAAAGCUGCAGGGAGAAAGACAAGGAGGAGACGCUACCAAUUCUCCAUGGAGACAUAGAACAAAAUACGUUUAAAGUGGGCUGGAAGUUGUGGAUGAAAAGCAUGAUCCCUAAAUGGAGAAAUAUUGCAGCUUUGGUGAUUAAAACUUUCAUUCGGAUCAGAAGGAUGCCUGGAUUUCUUGGCUUCCAGUUCUUCCUGCCAGUUAUUCAGAUGUCACUGAUAUGUCUUUGCAUUGGAGGCAGUCCUAAGGACUUGCACGUGGCUGUGGUGAACAAUGACACAGGAAAACCUGCCAUGAGUCAGAUCGUUCUGUGGCACCUCGACAACGACACCAUUAUCCAGUUUCAUCUAAAUCAGUCCGAUGCUAAUAAGGGCAUAAAAGAUGGGAAAUACUGGGGUGCAAUUGGCUUUGGAGCAAAUUACACACAAGAUAUUCUCUUAAGGGCAACUCAAAAGAUGAUUGACAACAGCACAAUUAAUGGAGAUUCGAUCCAUGUCUGGCUGGAUAUGACAAAUGAACAAAUCACACUCACCAUUGAACAAAAGCUACGGGAAGCUUAUGAGGGUUUUGUUAAGGACUGCCUGUACAAUUUCUCAAAUGUAGCUGCUCCUCCUAUAAAGAUUGAAAAGCCAAUAUAUGGGCAUAAACAUUCAGAUUUUACAACAUUUAUUGCUCCUGGUGCAAUCUUAAGCAUCACUUUCUUCUUGGCCCUUGGGCUGACUACACUUUCCUUUGUAAUUGAGCGGAGAGAAGGCUUAAUGGACAGGGGCUGGGUUGCAGGUGUCCGUUCUCUUGAGGUAAUAUUGGCUCAUACUAUUUCCCAGCUGGUGACAAUGACUGUUCAGAUAAUAUUGUUACUCAUCUUUACAUUCCUCAUAUUCAAGAUUCCCAAUGAAGGAUCCUUACCACUGCUGGUAAUACUCAUUUUACUGCAGGGCAUCAUUGGAAUUUCACUGGGUCUUGUCAUCUCAGCUGCAUUUGAUGAUGAGCAAUCAGCAACCCAGGUUGCACUGGGCAUCUUCUAUCCUGACAUUGUACUUAGCGGAAUCAUUUGGCCAAUUGAAAGCAUUCCAUACCCACUAAGAUGCAUUAGUUUAAUUUUGCCGCAAACCUAUGCAUCAGAAGCUCUUCGAGGUAUACUUUACCGAGGAUGGGGAUUUACCCAUUGGCCGGUGUGGAAUGGAUUUGUGAUCACUCUGGCUUGGAUUGCAUUUUUCCUUUUAUUAGCAACAAUAAUAUUGAAAAGAUUUGAUUACUCAAUUUGUGUUGACACUUCAGUACAUCACUAGAGAAUCCCUACUUCCAAUUGAGAUACACAAACACAAAGUCUGCAGAUGCUGGAAAUCCAAAACAACACACACAAAAUGCUGGAGGAACUCAGCAUGUCAGGCAGC